UAAAUGAUUUCUAGAGAAGAUCACUUAAUUAAUCCAAACGUUGGAAUAGAUUUACUCUAGCUAUCGAAUUACUAGGAAUUUGAUUACUGGAAUUCCUACAAAAGAUUACGGGCUUCCAAACUGAGCCUAAUGGGUUUUGAAAUCCAAAUUUAGCAUGUUUUUGGACAAAGCUAAUACACAACAUCAACGAGUUUUGAAGGACAUCAUCCGCAACCACUCCUCUCUUGUCAGCCACAAUUCCAGAUACACAUAUGUGUGCAUGCGCGUAAGAUAUAUGUUGAAUACCUUGAUUGCGUUCGAUAGAUUUCAAGGAGAAUCAGAAAUUCCUACCCCAUGCGCGCGGGAAAAGAGGGGAGAGAAGUUGAUAACCGUCACCGCCACCACAAUGACCGCUACUCUGACACAAACUGUCAACGCAACCAAUUUCAUUAUACUACUAACUGCAACCCUCGUCUUCUUCCCAUCAUCUGAGGCAUCCUUCUGGCGAUCGCCUCAGAAGACAGUCAAUGUUCGAAACUGGGACAAGACUCAGAUCAGCAUCCGGUGCUUCUCAUUUGAUGAUGAGCGCGAAGUUGUUCACCUGAAACCUCAAGAGGCAUUUAGUUUCACUUUCCGACAGAGCGUGAUUUUCCCAUCAUCAACCAUGUGGAACUGCUCGACAACCCAAGGCACAAUUAUCGCUUUCAAAAAUGACUAUGAUUGCAACAAGAACCAAAACAACCUCUGCACUUGGAGGUUCAGUGUGAAAGAAGCCUAUCGCUACUCACCGGAGUACAAGAAGUGGAUACGGUACGAGUAUAAUCCAGACUAUGAGUCUCUGUCUAGAGGAGGAGUUGUGAAAGGACAGCUGCCAAUGGUUUAAGGUUUUACAUUACCAUAUGGAUUGUAUACACGGAAUAGCUAAUAUACUUGUUACCAAACAAUUCGAUGAUACAAAUUGACAUUUAUAUAGCAUUAUUAACAUGUUCUUUCUCAAAGGAAACCCGAGUCUGAAAUUGGAUAAACUGUCAAGUAGAUAGGCAGAUUAUGAUGCCCUUAGACAGUUAGCACUUAAAUGUUGAUUUCAUUUUCCAAAUCAACAUAAAUUGCUGAAAUUAAUACUUUGUCCAGCUAAUCAA